AAAAGCGCAUGCGCACUGAAUAUAAACAGUGUUGCUAAGGCAGAGAACUGCAUUAGCAUUGCCGUUUAAAUGCAUUGUACUCUUAAUAUACCACACGAAUUAUUUGAAGUAAACAUAAACAGGAUUAUUAUACAAUUUGGAUAGUCACAAUGGCAGACGAAGAAGGGAAGAAGAGUCCGGUUCAAGAUGAAGCUGCUGAUAAAGCGCCAUCUCCAGAACAAAAGGCCCCAUCUCCAGUGGAAGAGCAGAAAGCGCCAUCUCCAGUUGAAGAACAGAAAGAGAAUGAACCUGAACCGAAAGAGGAAGAUACAACUGAAUCCAAACCUGAAGAAGACACAGCGAAUAAAGAAGUGACAGAAGAGUCAAAGCAGAAUGAAGCUGAAAAUACAAAAGAAACUGAAGAGCCCAAAGCACAAGAAGAAACUGAACCAGCACAAGAGGAAAAGGAAGAUCAGGUAUCUGAUCCAGCCAAAGCUACAGAACCAGACAGUAAGGAAGAGGAACAAACACCAGCUGUGGAAGUGGCGUCCGAGAGAAGAUCACCAGAGGGCGGCCCUGAAACAGGACCAGACAGUGAGAAACAAACAGUUGAUACAGAGCCGCCAUCAGUUAAGGUGCCUUCACCUCCACCCAACACAGACACAGCACCAGGGAUAGAUACACCAGCAGUUAUACCAGAUGCACCAAAGAUUCCAUCUCCUGAAAAAUCAGAGGUCACUGGUGCUGGGGGUCUAGAGGGAACAAUGUCAACCACUGCUCUGAAUGUUAUUUGGUCAUUUGGACUCAACAGAAAUAUUCCAGUUUUAAAUCUCACAGACCAUUCAAGAAAACUUAUUAUGUAUGCAUGUGCACAUGUUGGAGUGCUUUAUGAUUUUGAAAACAAUAGACAACACAUUUUACAAGGACAUAUAAACCCUUUGACCUGUACGUGUGUCAGUGAGGACAAGAGAUGGUUGGCCACUGGUGACAAAGGACCGGACUCAACAGUGAUUAUAUGGGACACAUACACAGGAGUUCCCGUUCAAACAAUAUUUGAUACCAGUCCAAAUGGUGGUGUUGUUGCUAUGGCAAUGACUUCAGAUGCACGAUAUCUUGCAACACUAAGUGCAGGACCAACACAGGUUUUGUCUAUUUGGAACUGGACAGUGGAUGGUGAUACUCCUCUGUGUACUGCAGAAUUAAAAGCCAGCUAUGGAGUACAGACAUUCAUUCAUUUCAAUCCAGAAGACGUUCAUUUCCUUGUGUCAAAUAGUGAUUCUCAAGUUAUUUUCUAUCAAUGGAAUGACAACCACAUGGAAUAUUUUGCCCCUCCGCUGACAGACCAAGACUUCAACAAACCUGUGGGUCGUUACAGUCAGGCCAUCUUCCAGAGAAACAGUACCAGGGUGCUGACCUCAACCUCUAUUGGGAAUCUAGUUGUGUGGGACACCAACAAACCACUCACAAAAUUACAAAAUUCCCAACCCACUGCAGACAAAAAAGCUUUAAAGAUCAUCAGACUUCAGGAGAGAGGAAUCAACGUACUGACCACAACAGAGAAUUUCAUUGUUGUUGGAGAUAUGGCUGGCCAUGUCAAGUUCUUUGAUCAGAGUUUGAAGCUUGUCCAUUGGUAUCAAGAUUUCCAUUUGGGACCUGUGACUUCAAUUAGUUUUGCAUUUUAUCCUGAUUUUGAACCCAUAGCACAAGAAGGAACAAAUUAUCCACCUGAUGCAACAAUAGAAGCAAGGAAAUUUGUUAUCAAAGACUUUGUUGUGGGUAGCAGCAUUGCCAUAUUUGGAAGUGUUACAGCAGAUGGGACAAAGGUGAAGGUCAUUCACAGAGAGCAUGAUGCUGCAAUCCAUGCUCUUGCUUCACAUCCAUCCCUGCCCUAUGUAGUGAUUGGAAGUUACUCUGGACUUCUGAAAAUCUGGGAUUAUGAAAAGAAACAAGUAAUGGUCACUAGACAGUUUGAGAAGAACAGCAUGAUCAGAUGUUGUGCUUAUGAUCCAAAAGGAGCAUAUAUAGCUGUUGGCUUUGUGAAUGGAUCAGUUAGGGUGUUAGACUCCAUAACAUUAGAAGACCAGAUAGCAGAGCCUUUCAGAUACGCUCGAUAUGGAAUCUCACACAUAGCAUUCUCUCACAAUUCACAGUACCUAGCCACAGCUGAUGGAGAGUUCACGAUAAGUGUAUUUAAGAGACAACACCUCCGGGAUGAGCCCUAUGGCUACCUUGGUAGAUACCGGGCCCACUACAAAGACAUACAGGACAUUAUCUUUGGGGUCCACCUGGACUCUAACCAGCCCCGCCUCCUGUCCCUUGGAAAGGACAGAGUUCUGGUGGAAUAUGAUUUGGAAAACAGUACAAAAGACAACUUGAAGAUAACCAGUUCAGACCGGAUAGAACAGAGUGCUGUACCCCAAUGUCUGACCUGGUACCCACCAAUCACAAAAGAACACUUCAUUGUCACAGCCAAUGACCAAUACAAGUUCAAGUUAUACAAUGCGACGACUAAAAUGUGCAGGAAAACUUUACUGGGACCAACUUAUGGAUCUCCUAUCAAAAAAAUUGCUGUGGUGCCAACCAAAGAUCCGAUCAAAGAUAAGCGAUUCCUGGCGUACAUUACCGAUGACAAGAUAGGACUUCACAUCCUUCCUCUGUGUGGCAAUCCACAUGAUGCCAUGGCUCUCAUUGGUCACCCCGCAGGGGUAUCUAACCUAGUCUGCAGUUAUGAUGGAAAAUACCUGUUUUCUGCAGGCGGAACAGAUGCAUCUGUUCACAUGUGGGAAAUCAAUACAAAUGCGUUGGAGGCCCAGAGUAAGUUGGGAGGUGAGGAUUUGAUCCCAUUUUACGGUCUGUUAGAUGGGGGUCGCGAGGGAGAGCUGUUUGCAGAACUGGAGGAUUACUUCUACUAUGCACAAAUCAGAAGCCAAGGAGUGGAUGCUAUGGAAAGGAGGGAAUUGUCAAUAAAGAUCCCCCUCAGUGAGGUUCCUUAUGUAAUGAGGGCCAUGGGUUUCUAUCCCUCAGAGCAAGAGAUUGAGGAUAUGUUAAAUGAAGUCAAGUUCAGUCGCUAUGUGGAGACAGGGCAAUAUGUUGAGGAUAUUGAACUUGGAGACUUCAUAAAAUUGUAUGUCAAUCAUCGACCAGCUUUUGGAUUAGACCCACAAAAACUUGUGCAUGCUUUCAAUACGCUGGGCAUACCCUCAUCUCAAGGUAAUGUAAUUGAGAGAGGGUAUCUAUUGGAUCUCCUGCAGACCAAAGGUGAGCACAUGACCGAGUAUGAAUUAGCGGAGUACCUGACGACCCUGCUUGGAUUCAAUGCAGAGGGAGGUAGCAGCGAGCUUCAAGAAUUUGACUCUUCCACUGCUGGUGACAUUAUCGAUCAAAACCUCCCGGUAAAUGUUACCGAGGAAAUGUUUGCCAGUGAAAUUCUAGGAUUUCCUAUGUACAGGGAUACUUUAGCUCAGCAGUCAUCAUGAAAGCUGGGUAAAAAGUGACAGUUAUUCCUACUGUGAUUUGUUCUGGUUAUGAAUAUGUAAAUAUUGAACAAUAAUUUGAAAUACACAACAGAUGGCUGUGAUAGUCUCACAAUUUAAAAAAAGAAUUUUAUUGACAUUGUUUUGUAUCGAUUAUACACAACAACAGCUUAUUGUUGUAUGAUAUUUUUCAUAAAAUAUUUAAAACAUGA